UGAUAUCGACAUUCAGCUAAACCCUCCUGCGAGCCACGCGAAAGGCACGAGAGUGGUACGUCACUCGGAAACCCUACUGCCGACGAUUUCCACAUCAUUUAUUUAUCUCUUUAUUUAUUUUAUGCGUUUUACGGAAAUGGAGGCAAUACAAAUGACUAAAGAUGCGUUUUAUCAGCAGUUUUCGGAGAACUUUAUGCCACAUCAGAAACAGGACAGGGAGCGCAGCUCGCCACGCGCUGACUCUAAAGUGCUGAAGCGACAGCGCUCCAGCAGCCCAGAGCUGCUCAGGUGCAAGAGGAGGCUGAGCUUCAACAGUCUCGGCUAUUCCGUCCCUCAGCAACAGCCCGUGGCUGUGGCCAGACGCAAUGAGCGCGAAAGGAACCGAGUAAAACUAGUGAACAUGGGCUUCCAGACGCUUCGCCAGCAUGUGCCGAACGGAGCGGCGAACAAAAAGAUGAGCAAAGUGGAGACGCUGCGGUCGGCGGUCGAGUACAUCCGCGCGCUCCAGCAGCUUCUGGACGAGCACGACGCCGUGUCUGCUGUGUUUCAGUGCGGCGUUCCGUCUCCAACGGUCUCCAAUGCGUACUCAGCGGGGCCAGAGUCUCCUCAUUCAACUUACUCCUCUGAUGAGGGCAGCUACGAGCCUCUCAGCUCUGAGGAACAAGAGCUGCUCGACUUCACGACAUGGUUCGACAGAUAUUAAUCAGGUGCCUCGUGAACUGGUAAAGAUUGGUGCUGAAGAGACAGCUCGUGACACAUGAUGCAUGCCUACUGGUGCGCACGAAGGAACCGAGUUCAUUGAUUGAGCACUGGUUCAAGCCCUGGACUCAUAGAGGACAUUUUCCAGCUAUAUGCUCAUGCACACAAAUGCAACACUUGUUUGCAGUGUUUGAACAGCGCAGGUCUUCAGGUGUGGGCAUAAAUCCACACCAAGGAUUUUUAAACUGCUUGCUAGUUUUAAGUCGCCCCACACUGAAAAAAGGUGCUUUUAUUCGAGUGAAGCUGAAUACAUUAGAUUACACCAACAAAACAAAACAAAGUUAGAUCAGGUGGAAAUAGUUGAUUGCAGGUUUCCACAUUUUAUUCAAACAUGUAUUCAAAAUGUUUGCUCUGUUGAUGCAAUAAUGUGUAAAUGUGAUUAAGUGGGAUAUGAAUGGGUUAAUUUCACAAUGCACAAAUAAUGAGGAAAGCAGUUAUAGUUACAGUACAUGAGUGAGGAAAAAUAGUUACAAGUCCUAUGCGGUGUCUGUUAGGGAAUACACUAACAUAACGUAAUGUAACUAGGCAGCCCACAGGCAACCUGUAUAUUGUAAUAUGUUGUGAUUGAUAUGCUGCGACUUUUUUUACUGGAUGAAUAACUUUUGUUUCAAAGUGUGCACUUGUGUUUUUAUACAUCAUUAUGUAUAUGCAUUUUUUUUUAUGAAGAG